AUGGCCCAAGAACUCAAAGCUGGAGGCGGCGCCAGCGAAGUCACCCGCUCCAUCUCCAAACUUGACCCUGUCGUCACAGGUCAUCUUGUCAAGCUCUUUGGAUAUCUGGCAGAUCGAGCAGACAACACUUGGAGUAAAGAACGUAUUUCUUCCUUCAUCAAAGAUACGCAAAAAUAUGAGCCUUCACCCGCUGUUGACGAGCUUCUUGCCCGAGACUCGCUCGAUCUGGAUGGCUUCAUAGCCUGGAUGACGUCGUCUCAUGCAGCUGCUACAACCCCGCCCAAAGCCCAAGAUCUCACAUAUCCGCUUGCUUCUUACUUUAUCAGCUCCAGCCAUAACACGUACCUCACCGGGAACCAACUCUCGAGCGACAGUUCUACCAAACCUUACACCGAAACUCUGCUGCGUGGUGGACGGUGCAUUGAGAUUGAUGUCUGGGAUGGAGAUGAAUCUGAGCCAGAGGGGACAAGCAGCCCCUCCAGCAGCGAUGAAGAAAGAGGUGUCAAGAGAGUCGUCAGGAAGAAGAGGAGCACUUUUGGGAAGCUCAAGGAUAAGCUCAAGAAGACGGCCAUAAGUGAUAAGAAGGAGUCUACCUCCACUACCGAUCCCGUCUCCCGUGAGCAGCCCGGGGCCGUAGCCACCACCGCCAAUCCUGAGUCCACCGAGCCCGAAGCCGCUAUAGUCGAGCCCCGAGUCCUCCACGGAUACACCCUCACCAAGGAGAUCUCUUUCCGCGCUGUCUGUGAGGCUAUCCGUGAUAGCGCAUUUGUCGUUAGCGAUCUGCCCGUCAUUGUCUCUUUGGAAGUUCACUGUAGUGCAGACCAGCAGCUCGCCAUGGUACGCAUCAUGAAGCAAGUCUGGGAGGGUCUUCUACCUGAGCCCGAGAGCGACCCGGAGAAUCUCCCAAGCCCUGACGAGUUACGCCAUAAACUCAUCGUCAAAGUCAAGUAUGCGCCGCCUGAUACAGACCCUACACAGGAGGAAAGUGAGGAAGACGAUCGAGCACCGCAUCCAGGUGCUGAGUCGGGCGAUCCUCCUAAGAAGAAGCCUCCCAAGGUCAUUCAGGAACUCAGCAAGAUGGGUUCCAAUUGUCGGGGUGUAUCGUUCAAGAGCUUGUCGCAGCCUGAGGCUGGUAUGCCUACACAUAUCUUCUCCCUCUCAGAGAAGAAGGUCAUUGCUGUACACGACGAACAGGCAGACGAGUUGUUCAACCAUAACCGACACUUUCUCAUGAGAACCUAUCCUUGGGGACUGCGAAUAGGGUCUUCAAACCUGGACCCUUCUCUUUUCUGGAGAAAGGGCAUUCAGGUCGUUGCCCUCAAUUGGCAGAGGUGGGAUGAGGGCAUGAUGCUUAACGAGGGCAUGUUUGCGGGCACAGGAGGAUAUGUCCUCAAGCCACCAGGCUACCGAUUCAACCGCAAUGACGAAGAGGUUUCCAACAUCAUCCCCCGCAAAACCCUCCAUCUCACAAUCACCGUCCUCGCCGCGCAAAACAUUCCUCUUCCUCCCGGUGACAAGUCCACCCGCGGUUUUGAGCCUUACGUUAAAGUCGAGCUUCACGUCGAGGGUCCUGAUGAGUUCCAUGGCGGUCCCAUCCCCAACGAUGGUCACGAGCGUGAGGGCGAGUACAAAGCUCGCACGAGUACGAAAAAGGGUGACAUUGUCGAUUUUGGUAGUGAGCCCCUUGAGUUUCCUCCAAUUCCACAUGUUGUGGAUGAGCUGUCAUGGGUGCGCUUUACUGUUCGUGACGAUGAGAUUGGGCGGGAUGACAUGGCGGCUUGGGCUUGUAUGAGAGUUGAUCGUCUGGGUCACGGAUACCGAUUUGUGCAUCUUAUGGAUUGUGAGGGGCGUCUUACUGAUGGAGCGAUUUUGAUCAAGGUUGAUAAGAGGUUGGAGUAG